AAUACAACACAGGGAUCUAGAGCUCUGUCUCUUAUUUCCAUCGUCUGUUUUGCUCGCUUUUCUGAUACCUCACUGUGUCUUGGACAGAAAUGCAUCUCCUGGGCAUCACUGUGGCUUUGGGACUACUGGGGGGCAUAUGGGCUCAAAUAAAUUUGCUGCGGCCCGAGUGCGACUCCCCCGAGGCUGAGGAGGCUGCGCUGGUGGCUCGGGAUUACCUCAAUGCCCAACACACCCAUGGUUACAAGUAUGCCCUGAACAGGAUCGAAGAGAUCAAGAUCUACACUGUGCCUGAUGAAAAUAAUACACAUGUCCUGGAAAUUGAAUUGCUGGAGACAGACUGUCAUGUACUGGACCCAACACCUGUUGCCAACUGUACAGUCAGGCCCAAACAUCUUACGGCGAUUGAAGGGGAUUGUGAUGUGGAGCUCAAGAAGGUUGCUGGUGUUCUAACGGUCACAGCAUUCACAUGUAAAACAGAAGAAUCAACAGAGGACAUGUGUCUUGGCUGCUCUACUCUCCUUCCUCUGAACCACACGCAAGGACUGAACUUUGUUCAAGCUUCACUGACAAAACUCAACAAUGUGACACAGAAUUUAACGUAUGCCCUUUUGGAGGUUGGAAGGAUGUCUACACAGGUUGUGGCUGGUGGGCAGAGGUACAUAACUGAAUUUGUUAUAAUUGAGGCCAGUUGUGUCAAUGACACCUGUGUGCCCCUGAAUGACACUAUGGCUCUUGACUUUUUCCAGGCACGUGGAAUUUGUACUUCUGAAGGUAUAAACGAUCCCAGUGUGAACUGCAAGAUGUUUUCCACUAUGAUGCCAAUUGUGGAUGCCAACACCACAGGGCCUGCCUUGCCACCACAGGUUCACGUCCACCUGGGUAGUGUUUCUCACAAGCACGGCUUUGGACACCACAAACUCACCGCUCACCACAACGCCUACACGAGUGGCUUAUUGUCAGGAGAAUCUUCAGAGUCUGAUGAAGUGGUCCCUGUUGCUCCUGCUCCAACUAUCCCUGCUGCUGAGCCUGCCAGUGCCUCUCCACCUGCUGGCGAUUCGUCAUCAGUUGCUUCAGCCAGCAUGGAGGUCCCAAUCACUGUGGUGAAGAGAGAGGCACCUAUUGUAGCCAGUGCUUCUGCAGCUCAAAAAGAUCAUGUUGCUCCAGUGCAAGUGUGCCCAGGAAGGAUCAGAUUCUUCUAAAUGUCUUAAGCUCCUAAAGACUCAGUUGUUUCAACUACACUGGUACUAGAGGAAAUACUGCAAGUGUCUCGAUAUAUCCCAUGAGUCUUAGGUUAGGAAUGGCAUUUAAAGCAAAGCAAACAUUGGAAAAAGCUUAGAUUACUAGAAAUUAGAUUUGCAUGCAACUGUUUAAUAAAAAGAUUAAUCCUUGUUUUUAA